AUGCUCCAUAUCUUCUUUGAUCAGAUACGGGCCACCUCUAACUGCUCAACUCCCACACCUACGACCAGCGGAUCUUCACUGACUAAUAUUCAAAAAGUAGUUCCUCUCACUCCAGCUUACAACUACUUCAAUCCAUCACCUCGAAAUCCACUACCAGCCAAGAUACCUCCUCUACGAUCGAAAGCUCCCUAUGCUUCUCGAAUAGCGCGAUGGGUUCGUCCAGCACGAUCCAUGACUGCCAUACUAAUUACCUUUACUUUAUCAGUUGCAAUAGGCAUGAAAACAGCUGUAUGUAUAGCUCAAUACGUGGAAAAAUGUUGUAUCGCACCAAUUCCAACGUGUUCUUGUUCAUAUUUACUGCAUGAUUCGAUACGUGAACGUAUUCCUAGGGAUUGA